GCAGAUCGAGACUCGACUGCCGCUAGAUAGAGCUAGAGCAGAUAGCUGGCAUCACCAUGUCUUCCGCGGCCGUCAGAACGAGUGCUCUACUUAUGACUAGAAAUGUAACGAAAUUGCAUCGAUUUUGCAGCCUGGAAAGAAGAAGAGGUUUUAAUCAUUGUUUGAAAGCAUAUUGUUCAAGUUCUACUCAGGAAAAGUUCAGAAAAGUUACGGAGGAGACGAUCGGAGAUACAAUAAAGAUUGAAGCAUCCUAUGAAGAAGCAGGGAAUCGUUACUCCCCAGUAGAUAACCCACAUGGUGCUUGCCCAAUAUGCAGUCGAAACCUUUACAUCACCUACAAGGAUGUUCUGAUACUUAGCCAGUUUGUGGACAAUGAAGGAAAUGUCCUCCCAAGAGAUGUAACUGGAGUGUGUGCAAAGCAGCAGCUACACUUACGAGAAUGUGUGGAAAGAGCAUUAGCUGCAGACCUUCUACCAGACCACAGACCAAGCCACUUACCGAGUCCUAAAGAGAAGGAACCAGGGAAAGCAGUCCAUCACAGAUUUUGAUUCAGAGGAUGGAUGAAUGUGAUUUCAUUCAAGGAAAAGCAAGUUUGAUCCUGUUGAUGCAGAUACAUGGACAUUGGACAGUGAUGCUUUCCUUGAACAUUUGAUGACAAGAAUGUCACCUGAGAACAAUGAUAGAGAUAGAGAAAUGAGUGUAUUAUCCCUGUAUUUGCCAUGUUGACCCUACGACUACUGAUAUCCUAAUUCUCAAAGGCUUCAACAAGAGUCACUUGUCAUCAGUAGACAUCAGGUCAAUGUAUACUCUGAGUGACCACUUGAUGAUUUCAUUUUGAAAUUUGACGGUUGAGAUUAUUAGUGAAAAAGAGCAUGUGAUUCUACAGUUUUCUUAUUCCAGUGAACCUUGAGUUUGGCAUGACUUUCUUGGAAGACAUCUCAUGCUUCAGUCACACCAACGAACCCUACCUCCGACCGAUCAAAGCUAUUGCAUUAUUGGGAAUAGCAUGCCAUUGGGGAUUAGGAGUUGGUUUCUGUAGUGUGACUACAGCAUUUAUGUUUUAUGUUUAUGAACAUACAAUUUACUCUGCCUGAAUCAAUUUACUUAGAAUUGACAAUGAAUUAUUUUCUGUGAUGACAUUUUAUUCUUCAAUUUUGCACAGUAAUUCUAAGGUUUCAAUGCAUUGCCAACUUGACUACUUUAUUGAUUACUUUCAUCCCCCAAACUUACCAUCCAGUGGAAGGUCUCUUCUUUUUCAUUUAAUAUACUUUAUAUCAUAUUUAUGACUCUUUGUCCAAAUUAUUAGCCCAAACCACAGAAUUUAAUUUUUUCUUGAAUGGACUAUUAAAGACUUCAGAAAUACUGUAGUUAGGCUUGAAAAAAUUCUUACACAUAAUUUUUCAUAUAGCAAAAAGAUCUAUUAUUUGAAAGAGGUUAAUCAGUGCUCAAACAUGAGCACCGCAACCUAUGCGACAUACGGUAUGUAUUUAAGGGCUGGAAAACCUUAAGCAGCUUAUAUUUUCAAUGUAACUUCUGUAAUGCAUUUAUUUUUGCAUGUUAUGGUAAAAGAAAAGAAGAAGAAUUGUGAUCACUUUUGGUGAAAUUUUGAUAAUUAACCAAGGUUUACCUUUGGACUAGAAUAAUAAUUAUACUUCAGACUUCUAUGGGAUGCCUGGUUUUAUCUUACUCUUUCAAUAUUUAUGACAAAGAUACUGUACCAAAUAAUUCUUUGGGAUAUUUGUAUACCCAUAUAAUCACAUUUUUUAAAUUUCAAGACUUUGUAACAACUUUUUCUCUGCAGGAUUAGAAUAAUGCGUACUUGAUGAAUGAGUACACACCAAGCGCUUUAUCUAUAAAAGCAUGAUAUAACCUAGGGUCAACUAUCCAUAGCUAUGAAAUUCUACCCAUCACUUUAGUAUUUGAGAUACAUGUAUCCUUACUCAAAGUGACAUGCAGAUGAGACAAUGCUUUAUUUUUUGCGGGGAAUCUAGUUCCUUGCUUUGUAUUAUUUUAUUAAAUUGUGUAUUUAAUAAAAUGUUGUGUAAAUUUA